CCCUAGUGCACAUGGCUUUUUGUGAGGAUUACCCCAGCUUAGGGAUAAGAACCCUUUGCUGAUUGGUCCGACUGAAAGCAUGCCACUUUGCCAGCUCAACAGGUUGCUUGCUUGGAAUUACACCUGUCCAACGAUGGAUUCAAGCACCAGAAUUUCCGGCCAGUUGCGGUCAUGAUCGUGCCUCAGAGUCCUGAGUGUGGCCUCGUUUAGGAUGUAAAUGUGAGGAACCUGUACUGUCAACAAUAUAAAUGUGAGGGCAUUGGCUGCAGGAAGUCGUGAUGGUGCUUUAUGAAGGACCGCGGCUGUUGGACUUGGCAAAGACCCCUACACACCUUCAGUUCAACAAGUAUGUCCUGACAGGUUACCGCCCAGUGUCCACGGCUCAAGAGUGCCUCAGGAGCAUCUUCUACAUGCACAAUGAGCUGGGAAACAUAUACACCCAUGGCAUCCCUUUUUUCCUCUUCUUGGUGCUGCUGCCUUUUAGUAUCCCCUGGAUGGAGGUGGACAGUGUCUGGAUCUGUGUGGUCCACUACCUGGCCUGCCUCUGCCCCACCGUUGGCUCUGUGGUCUACCAUGUUUUCAUGAACCAUAUAGGAGGAGAACAUGUGUACGACACCCUGCUCUCCCUGGACAUGUUCGGGGUCUGCCUGGUGAACACGCUGGGGGCCCUUCCCAUUAUCCAUAUCACUCUUCUUUGCUACCCUGCCAUGCGACACGCCGCCUUGCUGGCCUACAUCCUCCUGUCGGCCUAUGGUAUAUACUGUGCCACCACGGCCCGUACGAACGUCCUGCGCCUGAGAGCUUUCGUCUGGCAGGGCCUGUUCCGUUUCAGCCUCUUCCUAUUCCGGGUGUACGGCAGUGGGGUGGGCAGCCCCAACUCCCUCCGGCUCUUCAUCAUCAUGGACUCACUGGCUGUACUGGGAGGGCUGGUCAACAUCAUCCAGAUUCCCGAGCGCUUCGUCCCGGGCCGGUUUGACAACUGGGGCAACAGCCACCAGAUAAUGCAUGUCAUGGUUAUUUGCUCAAUUAUCUACCUGCAUUGGGGUACACUGGAGGAUUUAGCCUGGAUUAAGUCCUACCAGUGUCCUGCUGAGUGACGCAAAGUGUAUCAGCUACACACACGUGCACUCACACCCACUAAUAAAAAAGAGAUUUAGGAGUCAGUGAGGCAGGAGAAGUAAAGUAAAAAGAGAAGAGAUGCAAGUUGUUUCUAAAUGCACUUUAGUUCUAGCUGCUGAAAUUCUUUGCAAGGGAAGUUUGCAGUUUGACAUUUUGCCAGAAGAGAAUAAGAGGAACUUACAGUGUUGUAACUGUGGAAUUAAAAAUCCUGAGCAUACUUGAUUUUUAGUUUGUUGGAAUGCAGUAGUUUUGGGUCAUAUUACCCAUAACCAAAAUAGUUUUUAAAUGGAAAAUAAAAUUAUUGAAUGCAAUAAACUAUAUAUUUUUAUAUCUUG